AAAGAAUCUCCCGGAUUUGCAGCCGAGGUCCAGAGUGCAAGGGUGGCAGCUGGACUUCUAGCCACAGACGAUCAAGAUUCUGAACAUGAUAUUUUUGUUCUUCAUUGCGCUAGCCGGUGGAACCCAGCCGGAGAGAGGUAUUUCUUCUUGUAUACGGACGACGGUCCUUAUCGGCACGAGCUGCCCCUGCAAUGAAGCUUGGUGCCAUGAACUGGAAAAAGAGAUAGCGGGACACGCUGCAGAACACAUGACCGGCUUUUGCAUGCCCACAUAUGAUGCAGGUCUCUGUUACCGCAUGUUCACCAUGCAAAACUCAAGCCAGGAAAUAUGUGGCUGUUGCAUUAUACAAACUCGCAUGUUAUGCAGCCAGGAGAACACUAGCAGUAACACUAGUAAGGACUUCACUUUUGGCCGACUACGGGAGGUCGAGGAGGGCCUGGCGUGCGGAGAGCAUAACAUCACCUCGCCGCGGUUCUUCACUUCGCCGGGGUAUCCGCUGGAGAAAUACCCAAACAAAUAUUACUGUUGGAGGAGGUUCAGAGCUUGGGCACCAGAUUACACAAUCCAGGUGGACUGCGCAAUGAUUCAUCUACGAAAAGACAAGAAUUGUCAGGCAGAUUUUCUUCUGUUUAAAGAUGGAUAUAGCUUGGAGGAGAGGUUAUGUGGCCUGUUGUAUAACGUAACAAAGGUGAGCGAAACUGGCGCAAUGAAUGUAUUGUUUGAUACCAACAGAAGAAAGAAGCAAGUGGGAUUUAACUGCACUGUCACUGCUAUCGAGCUGCCGUGUCCCGGGCCGUUCACCAAGGUCGGGUCCGAGUGCUUUUACCUGAGUGAGUCCGGGUGUGUGUUCGGCGAGGCCCGCGCUUUCUGCCUCGGUCUCGGGGGGAACCUUGCAUCGCCAGCCGACGUUCCGGCCCUCAAGGAUUAUGUCAUCGGGAAGGGCCAGACGUUGGCCGUGUGGCUCGGUGCCUCCGACCUGGACCACGAGGGCGACUGGCAGUGGUUCGACGGUUCUCCGAUCAAGGCCGAAGACUGGCACUGGAACGCCCCCAACAAUGGCUUCGGCUUGGAACACUGCAUGGUGCUCCGACCCGACUUCGACCCGCCUCUCAAUGAUGCAGAGUGUGAUCGUCCCAAAAAGUUUGUGUGCGAGUAUGAUUUAUUGAAAGGGUGAAGUGAUCAUUAUGAUAACUGCAUUGCUGUACUUGAUAUUGCACAUAGCCGUGUAGACCUUUCACGAAACAAACUAUCAUUUUCACCAUUUGUUAGGAGGGAGGUUUACUCAAUGUUAACUUUAUUUUUGAGGAAUAAACGUGCUCUUUACAUAUAAGAAUGAUUGUUGAAUAAUGAUAGGAUUCAGGAUAAAUUAACAGGAUUUCAGUAAUCUUGUCAUAGCAGCAGCGCUGCUCCUCUCUGCAUUUCGCUUCCACGUCUGCAAAGACCUGUCCUCCGGCUCUCAAGCUUCCUGGUACUGACUUGGCCACACAUUCGUUGCUCACAUUUAAGCUGUUGCUAAGAUGUGUUUGGUGG